UUUCGCGCCGCUGUAAUACAAUAAUAUGCACGUGAAUAAUUUUGACCAGUCCACUGAGUCCAGAAACACAGCUAGCUAAACAUAUUAAAACAAACCAACUAACGUUAAUAAUUGUAUUAUUAAAAACUUUUAAUUCAAAUGACUAGCUUACUAAAACUCUAUUCAACAUACUUUAGCUACCUAGUCGUACCUUGCUAGGAGAAGCCGUCGUUAUUAAUCUGGGUGAACGUCUGCUGAAAAGGUCAGGACCAUGAAAACUCGUAGUCAGUGCAGAAGCGGAGUCAGUUUCUUUGAGAGGCUGCCAUCCGAGGUGUUCGACAUGAUUCUGCGAAGACUCACUGUCCUUGAAGUAAGCGUUUUCAGCAUGGUGUCGAAGGCAAUGAGUUGCCAAAUUGUGGACCACGUCUCCACCAUGGCCUGGGCCAAAAGAAUGAUCCCUCAAAACUUUCACCACUCAAGAUUUCCUGAUGACAAGCAAUCUACCUAUCGACACUACAAAGCUCUAGGCUUGUUGUUCAAGAGAUGCACCUUGUUAUUACCAACCAAGGACAGAUUGAAAUUUAUCCACACAAAGUUCUCAAAGAUCCCAUGUUUCAUGAUGCAGUGUAAGCCUACUGCAGCUAGCUGCCUUGGCUUCUCCAGCUAUGGUGUCUUCCUUCAGGUCAAAACCUGCACAAACAUGCAGAAAACCAAUCCCAUUUCAUUUAAAAUUACCCUUAUUGCAGGAUGGAAUGAGCUGGAAUGCCACAGAGUGUUCAUCUUCCUGUGCGACUUCACAGACCUUCCAAGAAAAAUGGAGAUUGUAGUCAAUGGAAGACCAGGAGCGAGUCGAUACCUAGAGCUGCAAAUUAGACAGUUCUGUCGUCAGGUUCUCCUUGACCCAUGGUCAAGCCGCAAAGAAUGUGGGUUUUGGCUGACACAAAUCCUGAAGCCCUGGCCCAUGGUUAGCCAGGCACGUCUGCUCUUCAUCCUGUACGGGCCCUUGCUACCAGAUGGUGAGUCAGCUAAAGGUUAUCUUGGCUGGCAGCAGCUGACAAGUACUGUGCUGUCAAGCAGUGCCCUUUCGGACCUGGCCAAGGCUGUUCUCCUGCUUCAUACAGAUUUGGAACUCAAAGACUGGAACACUAGCACCAUCUUGGCCAUCCUUGAAGAGAUUAGGGUCCUGCCACAGGUUUGGCGUGUGGAGAACGUAGCUCGGCUGCUGGUCCUGUGUGGCACCACUCUGUGCUACAGCGUCCUGGCUAACAAGGCCCACAAUGGAAGGCUCUUUGAGAUUUCAAAACUCCUUGUUUAUCUUAUCCUGGUGUGUGAAAAGGAUGGCUACUGCAUGAGCUGGGUGGUGACGCUGGUUCAGCAGGUAUGCAAGGUCUUCACCGCUGCUGCGGACAAGUGGUCCUUCAUCCAAAGCCUAGAAAACAUGUUUUCUGAGGUUACCAUGGAAAUAUACGAGGCCUCCCUUGCAGGAAACCCUCAGGAGGACUUGGAGAGCUUCCAAACGCUGUGUUCCAUCCUCGGCUCCAGCGCACACUUUCACACAGAGAUACUUCACAUGUUCCUCAAAGAGUGACGCUAGGAGUUCAGAGGUGGGCUCAUUCAUUCAGGAGGAAAUGUCAGCAGGAAGUCAUGCUUAGGGGGGUGAAUGAACCAUGCAAAUUAGAUUGAGCGGCAUUCAAUUAUAUGUUAAGAACCUUAGCAAUGGACAAAGUUUAUAAUAUUGCCUGAUUUCUUAGACAGCAUAUAUUUAUUACAUAUUUAUUCAGUGUGUGUGUAUAUAUAUAUAUAUAUAUAUAUAGAUUUAUUUAUACAUGUAUGGAGAGAUUUUUCUAUCUUGUUUUGAAAAAACGAUUGUAUAUAUUUUUUAACAAUUUAUUAUUAUAUAUUGAGCCUUUUUUUACAUCCAUUUUUGUGUAACACAUUACAUGUUUUAGUGUUUGCUCUCGUUCUUGU